AUAGCGAGAGUUGAAAUACUGCAGUAGACCAGUUGAAAGUAGUACGCUCGGUUGCAGAGGACUUGAUCAGUCUUGCGAAACUACAAUAUCUUUAUUCUAUAUUCUGUGCACCGACAGUGCGAUAAUCAGGUUGUUUUGCAGUUAAAAACAUGGAAAAGCAAAAUCCUCCACCGUACAGUCCCCCAGGUCCGGGAUUCCAGGUGUCACCUCCGGCACAAGGUUACCCCCCUCCCCCAACUCAAGGAUACCAACCACCACCACCACCUGUUAGCGAACAUCAUACAGUUAUCGUUACGCACAUGUCGCCUAUGGCCUUAGGGCCACAGCCAACUGCAAUUACUUGUCCUUCUUGCCACGCGCAAAUUGUGACCACAGUAGAAACAGAAGCUACUACGAAAACGCACCUGUUUGCCUUACUAUUGUGCCUCUUUGGGUGCUAUCCCUGCUGCUGCAUUCCAUACUGCGUGGAUUCCUGCCAAAGCCAAAAUCACUACUGUCCGAACUGCAGAGCGUAUCUAGGAAAAUACGACAACUAGGAGAAGGGUGUGGUGACUUCCAUUCCAAAUAUUUUUUUAUAUCUACAUGUAUUUUAUCUUGUUAUGUUAGCGCAUCGACUCACCUCGUUUGUUCCUUAGUCGGUUCCAGUGCAACCAGAAUUGUAAUUUGGUUUUUCCGUGCGACGCGAACAAAAAAAAUAAGGUGCGUCGUGUUAAGUAUUUGUAUUGCCAUAUUUUGUUCUAUGUUUGUUAGUGUUAAGGAAACUGAGAAUAUAUUUUGUACGCUGAUAAUAUUUAUCUAAAAGUACAUAGCUUGUAUUCGUAGAAAUUCACAGAAACUGUUGCCUGUCAAUAUUGUACAGAUUAGUAUCUUGGCAGUGGGUAUAAUAAGAUAAAUAUUUUUUUUCCAGUUAUUUCACGUUUUUAAUACCAAAUAAAUGUUACAGUUGAU